AUGGAACGUCGUAUUUCGUUUUCAAGCAGGUCGUGCGAGGCGGUUAGGCUGGUGGCCGCUGUCUGUUUCGUCGCGUGCCUGAGCAGGUUAUCGACCGCUGCGGACGCAGAAACAAUACAACCCAAAUGCACUCAACAGAACCAGGUGACAACUUGUGUCUGUAGCGAGCCUGGAGUUGGUGCGAAAGAAGUACGCAAUUCAUCCCCAACUGUAACUCUGUCUGAGUCGAGCGCUGGAAUCACCAUAGAGUGCUCCCCCUCAACAACCUUCGAUUUUGUGCCGGAGGCAGACACAAAAGUGUGUGUUGCGACUGAAAUUGACCAGCAGACCCUAAAGUUGUGUAAAUCUACCUCAAACACCUCCAUUCGAGAUUUCUUGACUCAGGACAACGCCAGCAGCGUGCCCUCUUGGACGCAGGUCAAGAAAACCACCACAAAGAAGUCCUUAACCAUUCCACCAGAAGAUCUUCCCCUUACCGACAAAAGCUUCUUCGCCGGCUGCCAAAACAGCACCAGCGCCAAUGACGAGUGCGUGGUGAGUGUAAGCGUCAAGGCCAGGACCUCGGCUGUGAAAGACGGUGUCCUCAUUUGCGCCUACGGCAAAGAGAGCAACUCGUCUGUUCCAGAAGUAACACUGAAUUCCGAGAACAACUCGCUGACUAUCCUGUGUGGCAGUGAGGGACAGAUGGAGCCGACUCAGCAAUCUUUGACUGCCUACCACUGCACGGGCUCCCACACAACUGACUGCAAGAAGGUGAACCUGACUGAGAUCAUGCCGACCUUCACAUCGAGCUGGUGGACAACGGAUGAGCUGAACUCCAAGGCACCGAAACUGGUGAUUCCGGAAGACGGCUUUCCUGCCCAGGAAGAAACGAUUCUCUUGGGAUGCAACCUAAACAACAACGUUGUCUCGAGGCAUGAGGACGAUAAUGGAACCACAGCUGCUCAGCUGCCGACAUGCAAAGUGAAGGUGACACUUGCCGCGAGUUCGUCCCGGUCCCAGGCCUCGAGCGUUUCCUUCCGCGGAUUGUUUGUGUUGGUCUUCGUUCCCCUUGUUCUUCUUGGCACAUGCUGA